AUGGGUACAAAAUCGGCGCUGGAUGUCCUCGAUGCAAUCGAAGAUGAAGACGCAGUUGUGGAUAAAAUCUUCAUUGCUCCCCCCGUGGUCAGUGUGGAGUCUGACGAAGACAGCGGCGAGGAAGACGGCGGAGGAACGAUCGAUAAUCUCUCGGGACGGCAGCUUUGCGCUCCCGCCGUGGCGGUCCUCGCCGACGGACGGGUGAUCGGAGAUGAUGAUGGCGACACGGAGGAAGAAGAGGAGCCCCAACAGGCCUCCACCUCAAAGAAACGCUCGCAGAAAGAUGGGGUGGACUACAAAUGGACCAACAGUAAAAAGCGGCUGACAAAAUUCCCGGACGCCAGGCCUCUCGCCGUCCCCACGAUUGUCGUUGGAAAGAGCGCAAUUCAGAAGCUGGACUUCUUCCUUUCUGAUGUAUAUCCUCACCUUGUUCGAGAGACCAUCAAGUAUGCGGCGGUGACUGACUCCAACUUCCAGCUCACCAUCGGAGAAUUGAAGCGCGUGUUGGGGAUCUUGCUGCUCUCGGGUUACCACUCUCUCCCCAGUCGCCGACACUACUGUAGCACAGAUGACGAUCUCCAGUGCGCCCUCGUCGCUGGGGCCAUGUCACGCAACAGGUUCGAGGAGAUCAUCCGCUACAUUCACUGCGCCGACAACGCGCACCUGAACCUCAGCGACCGGAUGACAAAGCUGCGUCCCAUGAUGGACAUCCUCAACGCUCGGUUCGGGGAGGCGUAUCCAAUGGACUGCAAUGUUGAUCUGGACGAGGCAAUGAUUGAAUAUUUUGGAAGACACGGAUGCAAGCAAGCAAUCCGAAACAAGCCAGUGCGGUUCGGCUUCAAGGCCUGGUGCCUGAACAGUGGGACCAGCGGCUUCCUGCUCCGCUUCGACAUCUACCAGGGGGCGAGUGGAGAUGCCUCUGAAGUAGAACGCAAGUUCGACAAGGGCGGUGGCACGCUCCUUCGACUUCUGGACGACCUCCCCGAUGCUGUGCGUGCACUUCCGCUACGCGUCUACAUCGACAACUACUUCACCGGCCUCCCGCUAGUUGCAGAGCUGCGCAGGCGGGGCUACGCUUGCACGGGGACGAUCCGAGAAAACCGCAUCCCGCGCUCCUGCCCGAUCACAGAUCAGAAGGCUAUGAAGAGCAAGCCGCGUGGUGCAAACAAGAUUGCGCUCACUCGGUGGAAGGAUAACGCCGUGGUCACCAUCGCCUCCACCCUCGCCGCCGAGCAUCCUCUGCAGAACUCGUCACGCUGGUCAGCGAAGGAGAAGAAGAAGGUGGCAGUGGAACAGCCAUUUGUUGUCCAGCUGUACAACCGCAGCAUGGGCGGCACGGACCGCGCCGACCAGAGCAUCGGGCUCUACCGCAUCAACAUGCGUCGGAAGAAGUGGUGGUGGCCGAUAUUCACCUGGAUGCUGGACGCGGCCGUCUUCAAUGCAUGGGUGCUGCACCGGCUGGAUGAGCAUGGCGGGAUGUCUCUGCUGGACUUCCGACGCGAGGUGGCCCGAACUCUGCUUGCAGCACCAGGCGUCACUCGAGCUCGGAGAUCGGGCAGACCGCUUCGACAGCAUGGAGCACUGGCCGGAAGUGGCGGAGCAAGGCCGAAAGUGCGCACUGCCGACUUGCAAGUCGCGUCCGUCCAGUGCGUGCUCCAACCGGAACAGAAUGUGUGA